CAUAAUGUAGGCCACUUUCGGACCAGUGCCGUUACCCUCGUUUACUGUUACACAGUUAAGUCUGCUCCGUGUUCUCGGCAAUGUUGCCAUUAAUUUUUACUGAAAUGUCUUGAUAAACAUGUGAUUUACAUGCCGUUUUUAAAAAGCAGUGUGUCAAAAAUUAAAAAUGAGUGAGAGAUGCGCACCCUUUUUCUGUUGUUGCUCUGUAGCGUCCACGUUUUUGCUGUUUUCGAGUUUUCGAAGCUUGCACAUUAUCUUCGGAAAAACAGGAAGGAUGACAGCUAUGAGAGAAAUGUCGCUUUUAGUGGGAGAAUGUUUGUAACAAUGUUGGGAUAUCCGCCUAAAUGUGAAAGAAAAGGAAUUUUGCAUUCUUGUACUUUAUCGUUUGCGUGUUGGCUCGUGGGUGGAUCCAGUCAACCAGGAUGUGGAGCUCAUCCCUGGAUUGUGGCUUGUUGUGUUACUGCAAAGAAAACUUUGAAUCAGCUUAAGGAAUUAGAACAACCGGUAAUUAGAGAAGACAACUCGUUAUUACCAAUCCUGCAAAAGCGCAUUGACGACUUUGGGGAUGAAUGUGGAUUAUCAAGCGACCGAAUAUUAAUGAAACGCAUUAUUGGAGGCGACGAGGCAAAAUUCGCGCAAUUUCCAUGGCAGGCCUUCAUAAAAAUAGCUUCCUAUCAGUGUGGUGGAGUUCUGGUCUCUCGGAAAUUCGUGGCGACUGCGGCCCACUGUAUUAUUACGGCAAGGCUUAAGGACACACUGGUUUAUUUGGGAGAAUUGGAUACACAGGACACUGGGAAAGUCAAGGAAUUAGAACCAGCUGAAUUACACAGGGUCCGCAGAAGAAUCAUCCACCCCAACUUCCAAUUCCGAACGACGCAGCCUGACAGAUACGACCUUGCCUUAUUAGAAUUGAUCACCGAAGCGGGUUAUUCUUACCACAUCUACCCUAUAUGUCUCCCGAGCAGCGACAUGAUUCUGACAGGGAGGAAUGCGGUGGUGGCGGGUUGGGGCAAGGUCCAGCCCUCGAACGAAUUACUGGGCACGAACGUGCUCCGGAGCGCCACCGUCCCCAUCCUUGACAUACGGGAGUGCAUGGCCUGGCACGAAAUCAAGCAAAUUUCGGUGGAGUUGCACGAAGAAAUGCUGUGUGCAGGACACGAGUUCGGCAAGCACGACGCGUGUUUAGGGGACUCGGGGGGACCGCUCAUCGUGCUGGAAAACGGGAGGUGGACACUGGUGGGGAUCACCAGCGCGGGGUUCGGCUGUGGAGAGCCCCAUCAACCCGGAAUAUAUCAUAAAAUCCCGGUGACAGCUGACUGGAUCAGAUCUGUUAUUGGGUUGUUAUAAUGAAAUAGUGGCUGCGGAGGGUUGGGGCAUGAUAUUAUGACCUGUGCAGUGGGGUUUGUGGAGAUUGAUGGGUUAUGUCCUUUAUACAUAUUACAGUGAGAUGUAUUAUUUUAGAAAAUGUUUGUACGUGUACAUAUUAUUAAAGUUUUAUUUAUUUUA